AGGAACAGGAAGGGCCCAAGACUUUUUGCCAAAAAAUAAUUGCUCAGUAUGAAUAUUUGUAGGCAUCUUUAGAACAUCCUUAUCACGAAGCUUUUGUAUUCUGGACAUUUUCAAGCCAGCAGCUGUCUGGCAGGCAGCUUUGCCAGCGAGACUUUUAAUGUGGAUGUUUCUUACAAAGAAAAAUACAGACUGACCAGAAAGACUGGAAUUUCAGCUUCCCCCUCCUCAUUUCCUUGGAUUUCUUCUCUCACCCCCCCUCCUGCUGCAACUCUUUUAAACAAGACAUUAUUGGGUCAGUGCCUCAUUUUACCCUUCCCAAGCUAGUGGCUUCUUUGGCUAGAGCAAGAAAAGGACACGGUUACCUAUUUCUGAAGAUAUGUGAUCUCACAGACAUGACCAAAUUUAAUCAGCAUUCAAUGAUGAAAAGUUUUACUGAUCAUCAUGCUACUCUUUAAACAUAUUGAAGUAUUCCUGGAGUUUAUCAUCUGCCUGUCCGUCCGCCCAUCCAUGCUGAGAUUUAAUAAAUAACAGAUUUUGGAAAAAUAUGUUCACCAUUCUGACGGUUGGAAUUGAUCCAUAUAUUUAUUAACCUGAGGAUACUUUCAAAGAUCUCCUGGUUUUGUUAUGCAGGACAUAUCCUUAAUAAAAAAACAUACCAGACGGUGUAACCUGGAACCAUUGACUAAGUGUUAAAGUUUUUGUGUUGUUUAGUUUUUGGAAAGGAUUAAGAAAACAUCUCAUUGCACGAGGUGCUUUUUCUUUGGAAACACGAUGAAAAACAUUUGGGUUCUGUUGCUCUUUGCACUGAAUCUGAAAACUACCUGUUCCACCUUUGUCAGCAUCAACCAGGGACUAAAAGUGAUGAGAGGUCAAUCUGUCUUCCUGUCACCAAAUGAGUUGCAGUUUUCCAUCCCCAGAGAGAAGGAUACAUGUAAAAUAGAAGUGGUAAUGAAUGAGCCAAUCUCCCAGAGAGUUGGGAAGAUGACUCCACAGGUGUUUGACUGCCAUUUUCUUCCCAAUGAAGCCAAGUACACUCACAACGGAUGCCCAAUUCUUAAUGAAGACUUUGUCAUGCUAAGGCUAUAUAGAUUUACAGAAACCGAAACUUUCACAGAAACAAUCACUCUUCUUGUAAAGAUACUUGAACCAGAUUGUAAUAUUAUCAAGAUGCGCUCCAGUGCUUUGGAGGUCCCGGAAUUUCAUGGCCUGUCUAACAUAAUUAAUAAGAACAUAAUCACUUUGGACUACAACAGGAAGAUAAACUUGGAAUGCACUAUAAGCUUGAACUCUUUAGAGACAUUUCUGCCAGCCCACGGGCAACUUGUUAUUGGAGAAAACAAAGAAGAAUUACCUAGAGGAGAUCAGCCACAGAGUUCCUUCCAUACAACCAACCUGAAGACUGUUCAGAAUAUCAGAGUGAGCUGUGAUGAGUUUCUUCUGAUGGGACUUAGAUACCAACAUUUGGACCCUCCUUCACCUAAUAUUGAUUACAUUCCCAUCAGGCUGGAUCUCACUGAUACCAGAAGCAAGAUUUUGUAUAAGUCUGAGUAUGCUUGGAUUACUGUUCAGAUAAAAAAUGCGGUUUCUAACCAGCCCCCACAACCUGCCUUCAUGGCCAUGCUCAUCUUAGAAGCAGACCAAUUCAUCCUGACUCCCCUAUCCACAGCCAUAUUGGAUGCUGAAGACAGUGAAACACCCAAAUCUUUGCUAGUCUUUAAUAUCACCCAAGCACCCCAGGAAGGCUUCAUAACACACCUGCAAGACCACACUAAAUCUGUCUCAUCCUUCACCUGGAGCAGCCUGGAUAACAUGCUGAUUGCAUAUCAACCUCCAAACAACAGCCAUACAGAGAGAAGAAACUAUGAGGUGGAAUUUGAAGUUUAUGAUUUGUACUUUGAAAGAAGUGUGCCAAUUACUCUUUAUAUCUCUGUGAGAACAGCAGACACAAAUGCACCAAGGGUUUCAUGGAACAUGGGUCUUGAUCUCUUGGAAGGUCAGUCUCGCCCCAUAACAUGGGAGCAGCUUCAGAUUGUAGACAAUGAUGAUAUCAGCGGAGUUCGCUUGGUCCCUGUGGAUGGAUUACAACAUGGGCAGCUUACUGUAAGAGGAGGGAAAGGAUUCAUGUUCAAUGUCUUGGAUCUUAAGACUGGAGUUGUUCGUUACCAUCAUGAUGACAGCGAUUCCACCAAAGACUCCAUUGUCUUUAGGAUCUUCGAUGGCCACCACAGUAGCCGCCACAGGUUUCCAAUCAAUAUUCUGCCCAAAGAUGACAGCCCCCCUUUUCUCAUUAGUAAUGUUGAAAUAGAGGUCCAUGAAGGAGAAACGAUCCUGAUCCAAAGCUCAAUGCUUCAAGCAUCGGAUAUGGACUCUAGCGAUGACUACAUACUCUUCAAUAUUACCAGAUCACCGGAAGCAGGAGAAAUAAUGAAAAAACCUAAAACAGAUUUUAUUGGUUAUCCAGUUACUAAAUUCCUUCAAAAAGACCUGUUUAAUGGGAUAAUUUACUACUAUCACUUAGGAGGAGAAAUAUUUGAAGAUUCAGUUGAGUUGGUUCUAUGUGAUAGUCAUGAUCCUCCCAAUCUUUCAGAAAUUCAGAUAAUAAGAAUACGCAUAAUUCCUGUGAAUGAUCAGCUGCCAAAAGAAUUUCCAGGAACAAACCGUCAUCUGAUUCUCAAGGAAACGGAGAUUGCUUAUUUAACAAAGACACACCUUCAUUACAUAGAUAUGGAAACCCAGGACAGUGAGCUAAUAUAUGUCAUAACAUCUCCCCCAUUCUUCUCCUUUGCACAUUACCACACAGAUGCUGGAAAAUUAUUCAUGGUAGAGAGUAUUCCUAAGCUUAUCAAGGAUCCAUCUAUUCCAUCACUAAGAUCGUUCACUCAGCACGCCGUAAACCACAUGAAAGUUGCCUAUGUGCCACCCAUGGAAGAUAUUGGUCCUGAACCUCAAUACAUACAGUUUGCAUUUUCCAUCAGCAAUCAACAUGGGGGAACUUUGUAUGGCAACUGUUUUAACAUUACUGUUCUUCCAGUGGACAAUCAGUCUCCAGAGGUGCUUACACACAGCUUGAAAGUGGAAGAAGGGGGCCAGAGCACCAUUACCAAAGGCCAUAUUUUGAUUUCAGAUGUGGACACCAAGCUGGAAAACAUACGUAUACAUCUCGUUAAGCUUCCUCUUCAUGGGACUGUUGAAUUAAAUGAGAAUCCUAUGAAUCAAAGAGAUUGGCUGACAUGUGAAGAUUUACAGAUGUCCAAACUCAGGUACCAUCAUAAUGGUUCAGAGUUUCCACAGGAUCAUAUUCUUUUUGAGGCUACAGAUGGCAUCAAUUCCUUCGAAUUCAUCCUCCAUGUGAAGGUAAUUUCUGUAAAUGAUGAGCCCCCGGUGAUGAAUGCUGACCUCAUUCCCUUCAUGCAAUGUCCAGAAGGACAGGCGGUGCCCAUCACUUCAGAGCAUCUCUAUGCAACUGAUAAAGAUAGUGAAGACAUGCAGCUGAUGUUCAUGGUUGCCCGACCUUCUAAGUAUGGGGUUGUGAAGAGAGGCGGACUUGUGAUAGAUCGCUUUCUCCAAGCUGAUGUUGUUUCUGGAACAGUGACAUAUGAACAUACAAGUGGCGAGAUUGGCCUAGGUCUUAUCUUUGAUGUUCUUACCUUUAUUGUGUUGGAUGAUGAAAUUGAUCCUGAUGUAAAGGCCUGUUGCGACGAUAAAGCUUCAUUUUUUCCUGUACCAUAUCAUAAAUCCUUUCCAGUAUAUGAUAUUAAUAUCACAAUAUUUCCAGUUGACAACCAGCCACCAUCCAUUGCCACAGGACUUGUGUUUGCUGUGCAGGAAGGUGCCUCAGCAGCUAUCACAAGUAAACACUUGUAUGCCACUGAUCUUGACACCAAUGCAGAUGACUUACAGUUUGUUUUAACAUCCCCUCCCCAGUUUGGGUACAUAGAAAAUAUAUUACCAUCGCCUGGUUUUGAGAAAAGUAAUGCAGGGAUAAGUAUAGCUUCAUUUCACGUGGAAAAUGUGAGGAAGAUGCAUAUUAACUAUGUUCAGACCAGGCACAAGAGAAUUGAACCAACUACAGACCAAUUUAUGCUGUACGUCACUGAUGGGAAGCAUCGUUCAGUGGAGGCACCAUUUUAUGUCUUAAUUAACCCAACCAAUGAUGAAGAACCAGAAUUCAUGGCAAGGAAUUUUACAGUGCAAGAGGGACAGAUGAAGGAGUUGGAUCCAUCAAUAAUCAAUGCUGUUGAUUUGGAUGUACCAGAAGAUAUCCUCAUGUUUACUGUCCUUCAACAGCCCCACCAUGGGUUUCUUCUUAAGGGAGUAUAUGGCAACAAUAUUUUCCAUUACAGGCAGGCAAUUAUUAGUCAACACUAUCAUGAAAUUCAGGUGGAUAGUUUCUCCAUGGAUAUUUUAAAAAAUGGAUUGAAGCCUGUGUAUCUACAUGAUGACUCUGACAGUUUAGCUGAUGACUUUUCAAUCCAGCUGUCGGAUGGGAAACAUAAAGUGUCAAAAGUCAUUUCAGUUAAAGUUAUUCCAGUUAAUGAUGAAAAACCGGUGCUGAGCAGAAAGGGUAAGAUAGAGGUGAAUAUGGGGGAAGCACAGAUAAUAUCUAGUGCUGUUUUGUCAGCUGAAGAUAAAGAUACUCCUUGGGAACAAAUUUAUUAUCUGUUUGAGAGAGUUCCAGAAAAUGGACAUCUUCAGCUUAAGGUAGGACAUGAUUGGGUGACACUGUACAAAGGAAUGAAAUGCACCCAGGAGAAUAUAGACGUGAACGCUGUAAGGUAUAUACACACUGGAACUCUUGGAUCAAACAAUGAAGACAGCUUCUCCUUUCAUCUUUGGGAUGGAAGCAACAGAUCUCCAGAAGUGGUUUUUCCUGUUGCUAUUAAGGAUGUGGAAAAUGGAAACAUUGCAAUGUUUAUGAGACCGCUCACUGUGUUGAUGGGUGACAAAGGUCUCCUGAUGACUGAUGUCCUCCUGGCGGUUGAUGGUACCAAGAAGCCAGAGGAGCUACACUAUGUGAUUACUUCUCCACCACAGUAUGGACAGAUAGAAUAUGUCAGCUAUCCUGGAAUCUCCAUUACAAGUUUCAGCCAAAUGGAUAUAGCAGGGCAGAAAGUCUGCUAUGUCCACAGUAAUAAAGCAUCUUCCCCUAAAGAUACAUUCAGAUUCAUCAUCAGCAAUGGGCUAAGAACUAAACAUGGAGAAUUUGAGAUCAUCUUGGAGACAGUGGAUCGAGCUUUACCCAGCGUGGUCAAGAACAAGGGCCUGAGACUGUUCGAAGGCAGCACGGCAGUUCUUUCUCCAGAUGUUCUCCAACUUUCAGACCCAGAUACACCACCACAAAAUCUUUCUUUUCUCCUAACACAGUUCCCACAAUACGGUCAACUAUAUAACAGGGAAACUGGAUUAUGGCGGCAAAACUUCAGCCAACAAGAUGUGGACAAUCUGAAUGUAGCCUACAGACAUGGAGGAGGUGGUUCUCAGAUGGACAGGUUUUCAUUUAUGGCAACAGAUGGAGUAAAUCAAGGAUUUCUUGUAAACAACAAGCUGCAAGUAGAUCCCUUGCCGUUUAUUAUUCAGGUGGAUAGUCCAGUAAACACAGCCCCAGAAAUUAUUCAUCUUCAUCCAGUUUCAGAUGUGGAACUUUUGCACAAUGGCAACUAUGGAAUUUACAUUACAAUGCGAUCCUUGAAAGCAUCAGAUUGCGAUACUGAAGAUGAUCAAAUUGUUUUUAAAAUUUUACGAGGACCUCAGUAUGGUUACUUGCAAAAUGUAACAACAGGAGAAAGUAUUCAAGAACAAUUCAGCCAGAAAGAUUUAAAUAGCAAAAUAAUAUUUUAUGUCAUUGAUCCUUACUGGGAGGAGAAUUCAGAUGAUCUGGAAUUUCAGGUUGCGGAUCCUGAAGGACAUUCUGCCCUCCCCCAGAUGUUAGAACUAAAAUGGUCUAAAAUUGAACUGCAGCAGGGUGUGUAUGAACUGUGUGAAAAUGAGGAGAUGCUAUCUUUAAAAAUCACCCGAUCAGGAUACAAGGGAGAUUCUGCUUUUGUGGCAAUGAAGGUUGACGAAAUGACUGCUUUAUCGGGAAAGGAUUUCAUCCUUCCUCCUUCGAAACUUAUUCAGUUUGAUCCAGGAAUGUCAACCAAGAUGUGGAAUAUAGCAAUUACCUAUGAUGGAUUAGAGGAAGAGGAUGAGGUCUUUGAAGUGGCUCUGAUCUCCCCUGUGAAUGCUGUUCUUGGCACUCGGACAAAAGCUAUAGUGAGAAUUUUGGACUCGGAAGGAGGUCAGUGCAAUUCAUUCCGUUCCACAAGCCAAAAUAUUCAGAACUUAUGGAUGAAAGAAAGACCGCUUCCAGGUUCUCCUUCAUCUUUCAGGCACAGCAGUGUUAAUCUGGAAGGAAUCCUGCUGCCCCCUUCCAAAGAGAUGAUAGCACAGAGACGGGACAAGCCACCCAAAUUCAGCUCAGUGAAUCUUGCGAGGAACCGGCUACGGGUCAUCGGAAAUGGCAAAAUAAUUCAUCCCUCUUUUAUUAUUCAAAAUGGCACAGAUGAGUUUUUCAAAUACCAUGGGAUGACAGGGCUAAAAGUAGAUAAGGACAAUUCUUUGCCUAGAAAAACCAAGAUGGGACCCGUAUCUUUAAGAAGCCAAAAAGAACCAAGAAAAAAUGUAGCUUCCUCCAAGAAAAUGGAAGUUCUUCAAGCAGACUCCAGCAUUCUGGUUGACAGCCUUUCAUUUCCAAAUAGAUGCACACCAAAUUUGAAGGGUCUCUUGUAUUUUGAAGAAAACAUACAGAAGAUGUUUCUGUGCAAUGGUACUGCCUGGACAUUAUGGAACUACUCAGACAAGGAUAUUAAAAUGAAAACUUGUCAGUCAGGAUGGACCUAUCAUGAUGGAAGAUGCUAUAUCCGAAUCACUGAGCCAAAAACCACAUGGGCAAUUGCUGCCCAAACUUGCAAGACACGGUACCAUGGCCAUUUAGUAAAUGUGGCUUCCAAAUCACACAUGCACUGGCUCUGGAACUUUAGUGGAAAAAGACCUUUUUGGAUAGGUUUGAAUGAUCAGCGAAACCCAGGUCAGCUGGAAUGGAGCAACAGGGAACGUGUUGUUUUCACAAACUGGAGAAGAGGCCCACCUCGUCUUUCAAAGCAAAGGAGGAACUGCAUUUUAGCACAACAGCAAGGAAAAUGGCAAAGAAAAGACUGCAGGAAGGGCAAAGCAUACAGUUAUAUAUGUUCCACAAAACUGUAAACAAAAUUGUUAAGACACCUACUUGCUUUCUAUAUGAUAACACAGUUUUAUUUUCAAGCAGUUGGAAGUGUUGAUGGAACUUAUAAAUGGACAGUUGCUUGGCCCAUUUGCAAAAAUUCCUACGUGAGAAAAGGGUUCAAGUGUGAUGCAGGAUUAUGUUUUCUGCUUGCCAUCCUAUCUUCUCUUGCUCUCCUGUGUUUGUGAUACAAUGGCUAUGUGUCAAGAAUCAAAUGUGUUGGUUCCAGAGUUCAUUUCUGUUUCUUUCAAGAGAUCAUAUAUAUGAAGGUGCUAAAAGGCUAACUGGAAAGAGCUUUGAGUUGAGUAUAGACAUUAUUUCAUAUGCUACUCAACAUCUUUCUUGGGUAGGAUGUUUCAUUCGCCACAAUUGUUAUUUAGAAAUGUAGGCAAUAUCCGGCUCUUCACUUGGUCAAAUGAGACUGGUUGCAAAUACAUUGGCGGGGCGAGGGGGGGGGGGGAAGGAACAUUAUGCCACUCUAUUAUGCUCAUGCCCAUUUUAUAAUAUACUAAAUCAGUGAUGGGUUGCCCCUGGUUCGCACCGGUUCUAUAGAACCGGUAGUAAAACUGGCGGGAGGCUCCGCCCACUAACCCCAACGUCACCAAAACGUUGUUGCGCAUGCGCGUGCGCCCCCAUUGCGAACCGGUAGUAAAAGUAAGUAGAACCUACCCCUGAUCUAGAUGUAAACUUCCAACAAAUGUCAAACAUUCCUGUAACAAAAUUGCAUCACAUUAUUCUGUGAUAAAUUUCUAUUAUGUCUAUAUUUGAGACAAAUGUAGGAGCCAUGAUGGCAUAGUGGUUAGAAUGCAAUUGUCAACCCUGUUGACACUAUUUCAGACUAACUCUGCCUAUAACCAGGAGUUCAACCUUGACCAGCCCAAGGUUGACUCAGCCUUCCAUCCUUCUAAGGCCAGUAAAAUGAGGAACCAGAUUGUUGAGAGCAAUAUGCUAACAUUUGUAAACCACUCAGAGAGUGCUGUAAAGCACUGUGGAAUAUAAAUCUAAGUGCUAUUGCUAAAUGUCAAGGGAGCUUUCCAAUUCUCAUGGUAACAAAUUCAAAUGUGUUCCCUUUAAAAUAGAUUAUGAGUUAUGAAUAUAAUUUCUUAAGUAUUAUAGGAUUUCCCUAGCCAUCAAUGUUAGUUGAUUUCCCAACAGAAGCAUAUUAACUUUUGCUACCAUCCCUGAUCAGCUCUGAGCUUUGUUUGCAUGUAAAUUUCUCUGGCCUCUCUGAUAGUUUUCUUUCCUUUCCUCCAUUAACACUGAAGACAUUCUGAAUGUCCAUUCAACUUUUUGCAACUUUGUGAUGUGUCGAGACUACAACCAAUCUAGACAGGAAUACUGGAUGAUGCAGUCCAACACAUUUGAAGGUGCUAGACUGGGCCAGACAAAUCUGAGAAGUUAUACACAUUUCCCAAUCCUCUUGGGUGGAUACUUGCUGGGAAGAAUUGUACUGCAAAUGGGAGGUAGAAUUUGAAAACAAAAUCCAAUUGCACAUAAAAAAUAUAUAGGAAGAAUAUAUGUGAAGUUCAUAUAGACUGAAAUGUAUUGUAGAAUGUGCAAAGUACACUUGGUAAUCUACUUUAGUUAUUAUAAAAGCCUGGAAUUGAAUAAAUAUUCUGACAAAUUCUGAAAGGAGAAAAAGAGAUGUACUAACAAAUCAAUUUUAAAAAACUCACUGCAAUUCACUUUGACAUAUCAAUAAUCUUCUAAUACACCCUUGUAUGUAAAUCUGAGACUGCUCAUUGGAUAAAUAAUGUGUGUAAUUUCUGGAAGUCCAAUUUUAUCUUCUAUUAUUCCAUAUUGAUAAGUCGAUGAAAAUAUUUAUAAAUAUAACAAUCCAUUAUGGGCACAUAGUUUUCCCCCCCUUUUUAGUGGCACUAAAAAUAGAUUUUUUUUUCCUGCAAUGUGUAUUUCAAGGGAUAGAAUGAAUCUACAUAAAAUAAUACCUUUACUGCUGUGGGUUUGGUUUUAUUUGAAUUUAAAGGGUGCCAAUCUACUUGUGUACCUUAAAUGGCAUGUGUUGUGUGCUGUUUUCUACUGUAAUAUCUAAAUUGAAUGUAUUAAUAAAAAUAGCAUUGGAGAUUGCUCAAA